AUGGAGCCAGACAACCGCACGUGGGUCUCAGAAUUUGUCUUCCUGGGCCUCUCCCAGGUGCGAGAGCUGCAGCAUUUCCUGUUUGUGGUCUUCCUGCUGGUCUACACCACAACUGUUGUGGGGAACCUCCUGAUCGUGGUCACCGUGACCUCUGACACCCGGCUGCACACACCCAUGUACUUUCUGCUCCGGAACCUGGCUGUCCUAGACCUCAGCUUCUCCUCAGUCACUGCCCCCAAGAUGCUGGUUGACCUCCUCUCUGAGCACAAGACCAUCUCCUACCAGGGCUGCAUGGCUCAGCUCUUCUUCUUCCACUUUCUGGGAGGUGCCAUGGUCUUCUUCCUCUCGGUGAUGGCCUACGACCGCCUCGUUGCCAUCUCCCGGCCUCUCCACUAUGUCACCCUCAUGAACACCAGGCUCUGUGUGGGGCUGGUGGUGGCCGCCUGGGUUGUAGGCUUUGUUCAUUCCAUCUCCCAGCUGGUGUUGAUGCUCCCGCUUCCGUUCUGUGGCCCCAAUGUGCUGGAUAACUUCUACUGUGAUGUCCCUCAGGUACUGAGACUAGCCUGUGCUGACACGUCUGUCUUGGAGUUCCUCAUGAUCUCCAACAGUGGGGUGCUGGAUGCCAUCUGGUUCUUCCUCCUCCUGAUCUCCUACUCGGUCAUCCUGGUGAUGCUGAGGGCGCACUCAGGGGAGGCACGGAGGAAGGCAGCCUCCACCUGCACCACCCACAUCAUUGUGGUGUCCAUGAUCUUCAUCCCAAGUAUUUACCUCUAUGCACGUCCCUUCACCCCCUUUUCCAUGGACAAGGCCGUGUCCCUCAGCCACACGGUCAUGACCCCCAUGCUGAACCCCAUGAUCUACACCCUGAGGAACCAGGAGAUGCAGGCAGCAGUGAAGAGAUUAGGGAAGCGCUGGCUGGUUUGUACAAAAGGGUGA